UUUUUGGUCUGUUAUGCAGCAUUUUAUGAACACUUUUUUCCAUACUUUCAGAGUCCAGAGGGCAAAGGAGAUUUCGUUCUCAAACUCCAAAGUACAAAUUCUUUGCUGCCAGAGACUCACCUUCCAGUCCAUCAUUGACAGUCGAAGCUAUCGUUGUGUUUCACUUUCUUGCUUUGAGCUGGUGCCAUGAACUAGUUGUAAAUUGUUCAGUGCGUUUCACUUUCACAUGGCGGCUUUUUGUUCCCAAAUACACGAGAGUUCCUUGCUUCAACCGAAGAAAAUCCGUUUCUUCAAGAUAAUACUUGAGGACACUGUAAGAGAUAAGAAACUUGAGAUCCCCAGAAGUUUUGUGAAAAAAUAUGGAAAUGCACUAUCAAACCAAGCAAUCCUUAAGCUCCCAGAUGGUGCCUCAUGGAAAAUAGAGUUGUUUAAGGGUUGUUAUGUUUGCUGUGAUGUUUGGUUGAGUGAAGGUUGGCAAGAAUUUGUAGAUUAUUACUCUGUGAAAUUAGCACAUUUGCUGCUUUUUACGUAUGAGGGGAAUUCCCAGUUCUCUGUAGUCAUAUUUAGUAAAACUGCAACAGAGAUUGAUUAUCCGCUCAGGAACAUGGAUUUCAAAUUUCAAGAGCCCAAAAGGGAGGAAACUGAAGAUGGCUUCUCUGCUGAAGCCAUGGAUGUUGAUUUUCCUAAUCCAACAAAAAGUGGUCAGGAAAGGGAGCAACCAUUGCGAAGACCUAAAAAUGAGAAAACUUUUCAGAGAGCUACAGCUUUCAAAUCCAAAAAUCCACUUAUGGUGAUAAAUAUGCGACCUUCAUAUGUCCCUCCUGCUGGGAAUAAAAUGAAUCUACCAGAAACGUUUUCCAGGAAAUAUUUGCUUAAUGGUGAAGGUUCUGUGAUGCACUUUGUUUUUGGUGGGAAAAUUUGGCCGGUCAAGUAUGCUAAGGAGGAAGGCCGAACAAGAGUAAAACUGAAGUCAGGUUGGAGAACUUUUGCAAAAGACAAUCACUUGGAAAUUGACGAUGUAUGUGUCUUUGAAUUGAUCCCGGCCAAAGGUGCUGAGAUUAGUUUUAAAGUUCAUAUUUUUAGAGUUGCUGAAGAUAGACCUUCUGACUCUUCACUAGGUAAGGAGCAGAAGACACAUGAGAAGACAACUCCAAGUUCGAGUAUUCGUAUAACCAGUGAAUCUGCCCGAAAAUUUGUCUCAAAGAAUCCAUUCUUCAAAGUAGUUAUGAAGGCAUCUUAUCUGUAUCUAUAUUUGCAUAUACCGACAAGAUUUGCAAGAAUGCAUUCGAAGCACUGGGAAAAGAAUACUAUUACUCUUCAGGUUGAAGAUAGAUCAUGGAAUGCCAUGUUAACAUACUCAGGUAGCAGACUCACUGGUGGAUGGAUUCGAUUUGCAAAGGAAAAUUUUCUAAAAGAGGACGAUGUUUGCAUAUUUGAGCUGAUUGACAGGAGCAAAUUAAUUCUGAAGGUCUCCAUCUUCAGGAGUGAAAAUUAAACAGUUGUUAAUGUUAGCAAUUUUAUUAUGCUUCUUGGAGGCAAUUACUAGUAGCUAUUUUAUUAUUUUUGCUAUUUCAUACACUACCAACCAUAUACUGCUAAUAUAAUUCAGUAAUUUUCUCUCC